AUGAAGGCUGAGGACUACAGAGGCUUUGUGGGCUCAUUAUUGUACAUAGCUAAGCAAACAUGGCCUGAUAUCCUAGCUACUGUGACGCAACUCUCUCCUUUCAUGGAGAAUCCGGGAAGGGCGCACUGGGUGGCUGCAAAGAGGGGUCAUCGUUACCUGAAGGAGAGCAAAGAUCUGGAGCUGUGCUACACUAAGAAAGCUGGUGGUGUAAAACUCUGUGGAUUCGCAGAUGCUGACUGGGCUGGAGAUUUGGAUGAUAGAAGGUCAACUACUGGCUACAGAUUUUAUUUGCGAAGGCAGGGGCAGCAAUUGGUUGGAGCACCAAAAAGCAACCAACUGCAGCCAUAUCUACCAGUGAGGCUGAGUACCAACAAUGGAAGCAGCGCUUCAAGAGGAUCUAUAUCUGCUAUCACUUCUGAAUGA